AUGACUUCUAGCAGCCGUGGAAACAGCUCCUCUUCUCGGGCUUCUCUGAAGAGCUGUUUGAAGCCUUCUAGCCAAAAGGCUGUUUCUCUAGCUGGUCAUCCUGGGAACUCUGUGUCUAAAAGCUACCGCCCUUCACCUAGCACUAGAUCCAGUCCCCGCCUCUCAAAUAGCUAUCGAUCCAGUGACAGUCUACCCCAGACAGUUGGGUCACCUUCAGACCAGCCAAAUCUCCGAACCCUGCCUAGAUGCCACUCGAUGAGUUCUCUUCCGGGAGCCUAUAACGUCCCUGCCAAUGUUGGCACCUGUAGCUGGUUUGGUGAUGUCGCUCUCAACGGCAGUGAGAAGGAGACCAUGCGGUACUUGAAUGAUCGUCUGGCCAACUACCUGGAGAAGGUGCGGCGGCUGGAGCGGGAGAAUGCUGAGCUACAGGGCAAAAUCCAGGAAUGGAGCCACUGCCAAGUCCCCAACAUGUGCUCCAACUAUACCUCCUAUUUCAAGACCAUUGAAGAGCUUCAACGCAAGAUCCUGUGUUCAAAAGCAGAGAACUCCAAGUUGGCUGUGGAGGUCGACAAUGCUAAACUGGCUACGGAUGACUUCAAGACUAAGUACAAGAGCGAGCUCUACCUUCGCCAGCUGAUUGAAACUGACAUGAACAGACUUCACAGAAGCUUGGAUGAAUUUACUCUAGCUCAGUGUGACCUAGAAUCCCAGGUGGAGUCCCUGAAAGAGGAGAUGCUGCGUUUAAAGAAGAACCAUGAGCAGGAAGUUCACAACCUGCAGUGCCAGCUGGGAGACAAUCUCCGCAUUGAGCUAGAUGCCACUCCACCUGUGGACCUCAACCGGGUGCUGGGUGAGAUGAGGUGCCAGUAUGAGGCCAUGGUGGAGACCAACCAGAAUGAUGUGGAGCAGUGGUUCAUGGCUCAGUGUGAGUGCAUCAGUCUACAGGAGAAGUCCUGCUCAGAAGAGCUACAGUGCUGCCAGUCGGAGAUCCUGGAGCUAAAGCGCUCGGUUGAUGCUCUGGAGGUUGAGUUGCAGGCUCAGCACAAAAUGAAAGAUUGUUUGGAAAAUUCAUUGACUGAAUCUGAGACUCGCUACAGUACUGAGCUGGCCCAGAUGCAGUAUCUGAUCAGCAACGUGGAGGAGCAGUUGGCCGAGAUCCGGGCUGACCUGGAACGGCAGAACAAUGAGUACCAGGUGCUUCUAGAUGUCAAAGCUCGGCUGGUGUGUGAGAUCUCUACCUACAGAAAUCUGCUGGAGAAGGAGGACAGCAAGCUUCCAUGCAACCCGUGUGCAACUUCCUCAUGCCAUGCCCCAAGAGAUCCCUCUUCCAGCUGUACUCCCUCUACUCUCCCAAAGAGCCGAGGAGCUGGAAAGACCAGCAAUAGAGGCUUCACUCAGGGGCAGCUCUGAUACCGCUGCCAUCUCUGAAGAGGAAGAGCAAGAGGAGGGAAGAGGAAGAUCCCUGCUGGGCUUGCCGUGUUAGAGCAUCACCUACCAGUGUGUGUGCUCCUUUCAAAUGCUCCACAGUGAAUCUGUGCUCCCUUCAUGUUACCCAGCCUAUAAGUCAGCUUGCAUUUUGGCUUUCAAGGAGUUUUCUUUAUGAUGUUACCUUUCAUAUUUCUUGCUU